GGAAAUGCUAGAACCCCAGACACACUCCCUCGCACACAGACACACGCACACUCCCUUUCUCUCGCUCUCCUUCUCACUCCAAGCCCGGGAACAAAGAUCCGGCAGCCGGCUGAACGUUUGCGAGCGCGCACGCCCCGGUUAGCAGCCCGCCCCGCCUCGGGAGGCGUCGGAGCACGCUGAAGAUAGGGGGAUCCCCGGGAAAAAGCAUGAGGUGCCUGCUGAUUUGGUGCCUUUGUGCCACGCAGCUGCUCGGAGCAGACGCCAUCCAGUUGAGCGACACGUUUGGAGAGAUCCUCUCCCCCGGCUUUCCGGACUCUUACCCCAGCGAUUCAGAAGUGACGUGGAAUAUAUCGGUGCCGGGUGGGUUUCGCGUGAGACUCUACUUCAUGCAUUUUGACCUGGAGCCAUCCUACCUUUGCGAAUACGACUACGUGAAGGUCGAGUCCGAGGACCAGGUCUUGGCUACGUUCUGUGGGAAAGAGGACAGAGAUCCGGAACAGACCCCAGGGCAGGAGCCCAUCACAUCUCCAGGGUCAUAUCUGAGCCUCACUUUCCGAUCCGACUUCUCCAAUGAGGAGCGCUUCACAGGGUUUGAUGCCCAUUACGCAGCUGUGGACAUCGAUGAGUGCUUGGAGAGGAGCGACGAGGAACUGGCCUGCGACCAUCACUGCCACAACUACAUCGGGGGCUACUACUGUUCCUGCCGCUUUGGCUAUCUUCUCCACUCGGACAACAGGACCUGCAAAGUGGAAUGCAGCAACAACCUCUUCACCCAGAGAAGUGGAGUGAUCCACAGCCCAGAUUUCCCCAACUCCUAUCCUAAAAGCUCCGACUGUAUGUACCGCAUUGAGUUGGAAGAAGGAUUUUUCAUUACUCUCCAGUUUGAUGAGAAUUUCGACAUCGAAGAUCACCCAGAGGUCACCUGCCCCUAUGAUUACAUAAAGAUCAAAGCUGGAUUAAAAGAACUUGGGCCUUUUUGUGGAGAAAGACCGCCAGGACGGAUUGAAACCCAGAGCAACCACAUUCAUAUCCUGUUCCACAGCGAUAAUUCGGGAGAGAACGGAGGGUGGAAGUUAACAUACACGACAACAGGGGAUCCGUGUCCUCUUCUGGAGCCUCCCAUCAAUGGAAAACUGGAACCCUCUCAGGCCACAUACACUUUCAAGGACCAAGUGGUGAUCAGCUGCAACACAGGAUACACCGUCGUGAAGGACGAUGUGGAGAGUGAAACGUUCCAGAUGGAGUGCAUGAAGGACGGCGUCUGGAGCAGCCGUGUCCCAGUCUGUAAAAUGGCCGAAACUGAACCCACCGAGAACUGGAUAUCGCUAAACAAGGACUCGGAUUCCACAGCAGCAUAACCCAGAAGUCCGGCACAUGAGCCCAUAAAGGAGGAUGUGGCCCGAGCCCCUUAGCCUCCCUGUUGGGGGGAAUGUUGCAGUUUCAUCGGCGGUCACAUGCCCCGUCCUCUCAUGAUUUCCGUAGCAGCCCUGGUGGUCUUUCUGCCGCUGUACUGAGGAGGGGCUCCCUUAAACUCUUCCUGCCCAGCCAGCCAAGCUCGUAACUCCAGGAUUGGUAAGAGGGAAAUCGGAACAUAACCUUCUGGGCAUAGCAUGCGACAAAACACUUCUCGCUGGAAGGAAUCCAUCCCUUGGUCAUAGCUGGGGCACCUUCUCUUAGUGGCCUCUUUUGCUACACUCCCUCCCUGUAUCCAUGGGAAUGAAAAUGAUUUUUGCAAGAAUUGGACUAACGGCUUUUUUCUUGGUGGUGGGAACGGCAGAGCAUUUUUCCCAACUCUGUAUUAAUUCUUUUCUGCUGCUUCUCUUGACGCUGACGUGGAAGUUUGGGGGGUGGGGGCGGGGGCUUUUUCUGAAUGCACAUGCUCUCCAUUACUCCAAGACAUGAGGAACCUGGAGCUUUGGGUGAAGAGUAGCCCUGCAGAGAUGGAAAAGGGGCCCAGAUCCAUGUGGAGAAAGAUUUCUGACUUCCUUUCAUCCCUUACGUUGCUCCCAAACCUGCAAAUCCUAGCACCCCAUCAGGAGCGUUGGGGAGGGAUCAAAAACGGUCAAGAUGGUUGCAAUCCAUCCAGCUGAAGCCUAGCCUUGCCUUUUUCUUCACAUAUGCCCCACGUGCACGCAUGCAUAGAUACCCAUCUGUAGCUGCACCCAUGGGAGAAUCAGUAUCUCCAAGAUGGUGGGCGUGAGGCCAUGGCCCAACCCCACCCUUCUGUACAUCCAUGCCGAUUUGGUUGGAAUGAAGCUCACAAGAGUGUUUCAAGGCAUAAGUGGUCUUGCUCAGCUCAGAGAUGGUCCAUUAUGACCUACCAAGAAGGGGGGGGGGAAUCCGCUUUUCCUGUCUAUCGAAAAUGUAUUUAUUUAUUCGGAUAGGACUCCUAGAUCAAUUGACUCUGGGCAAUACUUAAGCCUUCAGAAUGGUAUCUCCAUGCAUUCAAACAAGCCACACUCUGUAGGAAAACAUCAGAAACCGUAAGAAGAAAACAGGGGUACCACCAAGUUGUACUUCAGGACCCACCCAGCCCUGAAAUGAAAUUGUUGGGGCCCUUCUGGAUUGCAAGGGUAGAAGUCACGCAUCCUUCUGCAGGGAAGGUUCCCACAACCAACAAAGUUCGUCUCCUGGUCCAGCUUUCCGUGGCCUCUUAGGGGCAGGACCCAGAGCAGACCCACCCCCAAAGGUGAAACCAAACAGGCAGAACCAAGGUUGUCUGCAAGGUGGGGGUCAAAAAAGUCAAGAUGGUGGCCACAACAGGGUUGGAGCGCUUCGUGGAAGCCCUGGGGAUCCCUGGCUCGUAGCCUUGAUGGCGUGGGAGUGCCCCUGAAGGCCAUCUGCUGGGAGACCGGUCGCCUUCCUCGGGCAGUUGGUGGGCCACUGGGAGAACAGGCUGCUGGGCGAGGUGGGCCAGGGGUCCCAUCCAGAAAAGCACGGCUGAUGUUCUGAUCUACGGUGGAUGGUGGUAAGAAAGGAGAAGUUCUUUCCCGUCCUCUGCCAUCGCUGCCAUUCUGCCCCAACCCACAGUCCUGGAACUUUUGUGCCAGCCCCUGAGACUGGGUAGACCGAAGGCCAUGACAAGACAGAGACAUUUUCUUAGAAAUAAGCCAAGUUAUUUCCUAGAGAUGGAAUGAUGCUGGUGCUUGACUUGGCUUAUAACUUGCUUGGUUUGCCUCUGAGCCAGUCUGAUGUGCCUCAUUCGACUUUCACUGGCCGCUUGAGAACCAUUUUUCUCUGCUGCAAAUCUCCUCUUUCUCUAACAAAAAUCUUUGUUAUUGUUGCUAUAACGAUAAGGCCUGGCUCAUUGCUAGCCUCCAGUGCAACUAAUGAGGUUGGGAAACCCCUGUGAAUGUCGUCCUGUACUCUUACUGAUGUAUUAAUAUUAAAUUGCUUGCGCAGAUGUACAUGAAGGUGUGGAGGUGGGUAGUGAAAUUAACCAAUAUUCUCCUCUAACUUCAUCACUUUCACCAAAGUUAUAGGAGAAGCAUUUGGAUGAUAGGUAAAGGUAAAGGCUUCCCUUGACACUAAGUCCAGUCGUGUCCGACUCUAGGGGGCGGUGCUCAUCACCGUUUCACAGCCGAAGAGCCGGCGUUUGUCCGAAGACGCUUCCUCUGUGGUCAUGUGGCCAGCAUGACUAAACGGAACGCCGUUACCUGCCCGCCGAAGCGGCGCCUAUUAAUCUACUCACAUUUGCAUGUUUUCGAACUGCUAGGUUGGCAGGAGAUGAUACUGAUAAGCAAAUCCAAUCAGUUUCACAAGAAAACAGGGUGGCUGCCUUGACAGAACACAUUUUAUUUAUUUAGAUUUAUGUAUUGUUCAGAUUUCUACCCCGUUGCAAUUCAGAGACUCUCAGCAUCUUUCAUAGACUCUAAAACCAGGCCUAGAGAAACCCAGGUCAAGACUUAUAGAUGUAUUCAUACAACAUGCUGAGCUGGGUUAGUGCUAAUCCUAACUAGAUUUGUGAGUGUGACUGAUGAAGGAGACGGGAAGGGGUGUGCAUAUGCAUAUUUUGUAUGAAUCCAAUCUAUUCAGUUAGUUUAUAAUGUAUUGUGCAAGCCCAGAAAAUGGCUUAAUCCAGUGUUUCUCAACCUUGGCAACGUUAAGCUGUGUGGACUUCAACUCCCAGGAUUCCCCAGCCAGCAGUGCUUAACGUUGCCAAGGUUGAGAAACACUGGAUUAAUUCAUAACCAGGCUAAGUUCGUUGUGUGAACAUAGCCAGCUGAGAUUGGGAAAGGAGGCAGGUAAUGCAAGAAAGGGGAUGAAACAGCUUCCAGGGUGCUCCCCCCCCCCCAACAUUAUGGGAUUCUAUCAAUUAUCCGGAGCAAUGUCGCCCAGUGUCCAGCCAAACUAGGGAUGCAUCUGGGGGAGCAUGUGGUCAGUCUGCUUUUGCUGCUAGUCACCAGGAAUACGUGAUAACCACAGAAGAAGAGGAUCUGAAGGAGCUUUAAAGUACACAGGCAGGUCUCCCUGCUGGUAUCGUCUGCCCCACCCGUGGGGGCUUGGAGGAGUAAGUGCUUUCUAAGGGCCAUCUGCUUGGCCUACUAUGGAAAGCUGUUCCCUGGAAGAAUAAAAUGGGAACUUCUGUGACGGAAACAUGCUGCUUUCUCCUACUAAAUGCCCAUGGCGCAUGAUAACCCAUCUGUUUCCCUUGGCUGUGUGAUUAAUGCAGAAAAAUGUGGAGGUGCUGAUUGCUAUUCGUUUAAUUGUGGAGGUCAUUGCUGAGCAAUCCAGUCCCUCCACAUUUUUCUGCAUUAAUCACGGUGUCCUUAGGGCUCACGGGAGGAAUCCCUGCUACAGGUAGUCCUCGACUUACAACCACAGUCGGGACUGGAACUCCCAUUGCUAAGCAGUCUGGUCGUUAAGUGAGUCGCACCCAAUUUUACGAACUUUUUUGCCACAGUUGUUAAGUGAGCCAUGUGGUUCCCCGUUGACUUUGCUUGUCAGAAGCCGGCUGGGAAGGUCGCAAAUGGCAAUCAUGUGAUCCUGGGAUGCUGUAAUCGUAAAUACGUGCCAUUUGCCAAGCACCUGAAUUUUGAUCACGUGACCACAGGGACACUGCGAUGACAUAAGUGCGAGGACUGGUCACAAGUCACUUUUUUCAGCACUGUCGUAACUCCGAAUGGUCGUUAAACAAAUGGUCAUAAGUCAAGGACUACCUGUACAUUCCUCACUCUCUCUGAUGGUUUCCAUGGUGGCCCUUGGCUGCUGUUUUAUGCUCCCUUCUCCAGGUCUCUGGCCAGGGAACUCUUGUGUUUCAUGCCCACCACUUUCUUCAUCACACAAGCUCAGGAGAUGUCUGGUAAAAUUGCAGAACCAAGGAGUACCACCAAGACAGAAAUAGAAGUACCACCAAGACAGAGGCCACCCCGACAUUAGGUAGAGUGGGGACUUGUAGGUAGAAAAGACUGCCUGUGUCGCCACCAUUUCUCCUGAGCUCCACUAACCCACUCGAGAUCAAGCUCCAUCCAUCCUAUGCGCCACAGCCUUCGAAGUACCUUCAGCAGAUGUCUGUCUCGCUUCCUCUCGAAGCCGCCCAACAGAGGGGAGCCCACCUCCUAUCUCGGUCACUGUUUCCACUUUGAACUGCGGUUACCAUCUGGAGGUUUCCUAGCAUUUGGGUAGAAUCUCUCUUCCUGGAGCUGAAAUUGUACUGGAAGAUUCACCCAAGCCAACAACUGGAGGGGAUGCAAUGGUGGUUUCAUGCUCUUCAGAGCCAGCGGGUUAUAGCAAGCCACUGGUCCCUCUCAUACAAAGGGGCAGAGAAUCAGGGCCACGUGUUGCUAUAGUACCCGUAGAAGAGAGUCUGUAGCUCAGGGUUGAACUGUGGAGUCCUGGGUGCUCUCUGAGCUUGGCACCCCCACACCUUCAUGCACUAGGCUCAGAGAGCACCCAGGACUCCACGUUCCCAUAGUGCCUCCACAGGAAAUCAAUCAAGGACAGCUUGGGCGUGGCUCCCGACCCAACAGACGAUGCCAACUAGGAGUGAGAACUUGCACGACAGCCGAUAAGGCAGCAAGAUCAGGAAGGGCAUCAGGAAUCAUUUGAAAGGGGAGAAGGCACCACAACCUCAUCCUCUGAAAUGCCCAUUGCUGCUUUGAUCUACAGCCAUGUAUGAUCGCUAACUAUCAUGCUGAUAGACCGAGCUGUAUUUCUCAGUGCGAGGGGUAGCGUUAAAAACGUAAUUAAUCCACAUUCUCUACACCAACCUGGAGCAAUUCAGAAUAUAUUGGCUAGGCAGCAAGUACGAUACGCUCAAAACUAAGACAUACUUGAGCAUGAAUGCUAAUCUACAACGUUCUCCCACCAAACCCAUCAUGCUGCAUCCUGCACCCUGAAAUAAGAGCAGAUGGCUCUUAAUCAUCUUCUGUUCAGCAACCCUCCAGGUAUUUGAAGAGGGCAAACUGUGAGUCAUGGUUCCUCAAAGCUAAACACACCCAGCUGGUCCCAUAGCCUUUAUUUCCAGCCCCGCCGCCGCCCCCCCCCCCAAAUCAUCCUUGUGGCCUCGAAUGUUUCUUAAGACCUACAGUCUAGCUCUGGAUACCCCACUCAAGGUGAGUCUAUCCACCAGAGAAUAAAUCAGCACCUGGAAAUUUCAGGAGAAUUCAACUGUUAGUCCAGUGAGCUUCUGCAUGGCUGGUUCGCACAACACACUGAACCAGCUCCGGGAAAGACCUGGCUGCUGCAUUUGUCCAACAUUGUUAGCUAGUUUUAAUCUUGAUUCGUUUUUCACAGCUUAGCACAUUGGGCAGGCCCGGCCUGUUUGUUUAGGGUUCAAUAUGCCCUGCAAACCCAGAAAUUGGAUUCAGGAUGGGUGGAGAGGAUUUCAGUUCUGCUGUGGGGAAUAUGUGUGUGUGUGUGUGUCUAUAAAUUUAUACAGUUUGAUUUUAUUUCAUUUUUAUGCUGCUCAAACAUGCAGUUAUUGCCUUGAAAUUUACUCUGCCAAAAUCUCAGUCGGAUUCACAUUAUUUUGUUCCUUUUAUUUCCCUGGGGAAAUGGGAAAUGUGUGAUAGUAUGCAAAAAAAAAAAAAGUCAACCAACUUCAUUAAAAUAAAACAGGGAUUUAAUUUCCCCAGCCAGUGUGGAUCUUUCAGGGCAGGAAAUGAGAUGGGACCUUUGAACCAAGAAGGGAAUGCCUUAUCUUUUCUCCUCUGUUAACAAACUGUCUUGUUCUGCUUUUCAACAUGAGCAAGGGAGAACAACAAACAAAUGAGUAGCAAGGACCAGGAAAAGCAGGUCAGUUGAUCACGUGGAUUUCAAGGAGAGUGUUUCCAUUGUUCGGGAAGGAUUUAGCUGACCGUUAGCAGCACGGCUGGGCUUGAUAAAUGGUUGCUUCAUGCCCAAAGGCAAGUGGGAAGAGUGGUGUGUGUGUGUGUGUGUGUGCAUGUGUGUGCGAAAGAGUUUAUGGGAAAAGAGGAAAGAGGCCCGUAAAUUGCUGCAUGAAAUCCUUCACCUUUGGACUGGAGUUCCAGCACAUUGCUUGGAAAAGGGGCAAUGGGGAAGACCAUUGUCUGGAAGAGAUUAUCCCUCCAGAAAAUUUUAUUAUUUAUUUAUUUAUUAUUAAUUUUAAUUUGUUAGCCGCCCAACUCCGAACUAAAAUAAAAUAAAAUCUAAAAUAAUCUAACGGAUGACAAAAUCAACAAAACAGAACAAGGGCCAUUGAACAAACAGUAAACAUUAACCCCAGGCCUGGGACCAAAGCCAGGUUUUCAAAGCAUUCUGGAACCCUAGGAGAGAGGGCGCCGUCCUUAUCUCUAUCGUUUUAUUUUAUUUUGUUUUGUUUUAUAUUUUUAUAGUCUGAUCCUAGCUGCAACAGAAUAUUGCAGAUGCUUUUGGUUCCUAAGGGAAGGUUUCCAAUCUAUUGCGCUUCUAAAGGGGGCAUUCGAGUUCCCAACCCCAAUUCCUUAUUUUUCUCUCUCAUUUGACUUUUGCUGGGUUCACACAACAUCCUGAACCUGAAUUAACUCAUAUUCAUUACGCUUCAAAAAUCCUUCUCCAGCUUUAACCCUAAGCACACGUAGCAUAUUAUGGGAAUGCAGCCAAUAAUUCUUGGCUAAAUUGUGGUUGCACAGAUAUAACGAAUGAUUCAUGUUUCGGCAGCAGUAUCUUCUGCCUAAUUCCAUCACGCAAGUGAUCAAGUCAUUAGGAUGAUGUCAUCACUGCUCACCGCCAAUCAGAUUUAGCUAUGGGAUAAUCAAGGAUCAUAUGGUAAAUCAUGUCACACCACAAUGGCUGUUCCCCACAGCACACCUAUCCUGGUUACUGAAUUAACCCAUUUUCUCACUUUGGGCUCUGCAAAGAACUACAAUGCUUAGAUGUGCACAACUCCCUAACCCAUAUGUAGACCCAUGCGUGCACGCGCACACACACACACACACACACACACACGACCUCAUCAAACUUUAGUGCAGUGUUGUGCAAUGUGAAAUCACAGCUGCCAGUUUUUUUAACCGUGUUGGCCUUGGUUCGCAUCAAGUUCUCCCCGUGAAUGUAGGGCGGCGUUUCUCAACCUUGGCAAGUUUAAGAUGGGUGGACUUCAACUCCCAGAAUUCCCCAGCCAGACACGCUAAGCUUGGAUUAGCAAGUUUUGUGAAAAACACCCUGUUUGAUUAGUUGGUGAUUCAAUGGGUUAAUCCAGGAACUGCAUCAGGCGUGUUGUCUGAAUGCAAUACAGGCAAAAAAGGGCUAGAUCCAGUAGGAGCAGAUCGAGCCAACUGUCCAUGCUCCUGAUUCAGAGCUCAGCCUUUGGACUGCGCUGGAGGGCUUUUUUCUGGUAUAUCAAAGCUUUCUGGCAUAAAAUCUCCAAAGCAGAAACAAAGCCCUCAGGAUUGUAUUUUCAACCGUGUGUGGGCAAGCUCCCAGAAUGCUUAGCAGUGGCCACACUGGCUGGGGAAUUCUGGGAGUUGAAGUCCACUCAUCCCAAAGUUUCUCAGGCUGGGCCGUACCUGAGACUUAGGGGAAGAAGGACCAGCUAUUUGUCCUUGAUAAAACAAACCAGCACUGGUGGUACUAAAUGGCUGCCCAAAUGCGACAGUCUUCUGGAAGACUGCCCACCUCUGUACACGCCAGCCCAGCAUCGAGCGCUGUUUCUUUCCUGCUUCUGAAAUUAAUAGACAGCUUUUCGAGCUCUGCAUAACUAUAUAAAUAUUCACAAGCAAACCUGAGAGGUAUUCCUGCUUUUGUUCUUAGGCCUUUCUGCUUAUAUAGGCACUCAAGACAGUUUCCAACAAUGAAACAAGUUAUAAAAUAUAAAAUGCGACCAUCGUAUCACUGCAAUUUACAUCAAGUUAUUAACAUUUGUUUCCUAGGAAAAGGCUUGGGGAAAGAAAGGCUUUUUUGCCAGCUUCCUAAAUAAAGGGCCGAUGAAUUCUCCAGGGAAAGCAGCACAGGGCUGGGGGGCCACCAGGGAGAAGGCCCCGCUCUGCAAACUUCUCCUGUUGAUCUAAAUAACUAGGCGUUUCCUCUUGUUUCAGUUUCCGUAAGCCUGUGUUGUCCUCUUUGUAAACAGCUCUUUUUCAGACGUGACUGCACUAAGAAGGCAUGGGCUGUGUUCACACAACGUGCUAACCGAGGUCAAGUAAAGAGCUGGCAGUUGCAUUAGCACACUAGAUAAAGCUGGGCUUGUUUUAAUUGAUUUGGGUUUCUUUCUGGCUAACAGCAUGCCCUGCAAACCCCACGCGGCAUGUAGAGAGAUGGGCAGUUGAGCCCAUUGGACAAGCUCAGAAAAACGGGUUAAUCCGAUACAUUGGCAGAAGGGGUCUGGAGCCACUUUUUCCAACGCUUAGAUUUUAUUCAAGGCCUCCUGAUUUGGCCUGUGGGCUAACCCAGCUCUCCUCGUACAAUCUCUUCAGGAAUUUGGCUGAGUAGAUGUGUGAAGAUGGCCAUGAAGAAGAGGCAGGACCCACCCCUCAAGCUGCCUACACUUCUGGUCCCAUCUUUUAAUAUCCACCAUUCAGCACAAUAUCUGGGAAUGGGAAUCUAUGUACAGGUAGUCCUCACUUAACAACCACAAUUGGGACCGGAACUUCGGUUGCUAAGCAAAGCGGCCAUGAAGUAAAUCCGACACAAUUUUACGAACUUUUUUGCCGUGGUUGUCAAGCGAAUCACUGCAGGUGCUAAGCAAACCCCGUGGUCGUUAAGUGAAUCACGCAGCUCCCCAUUGAUUUUGCUUGCUAGAAGCUGGCUGAGAAGGUCGAAAAUGGCGAUCACGUGACCAUGGGACGCUGCGACGGUCAUAAAUGCGAACCGGUUGCCAAGCACCCAAAUUGUGGUCAUGCGACCGUGGGGAUGCUGUGAUGGUCGUAAGUGUGAGGACUGGUUGUAAGUCAGUUUUUUCAGCACCUUUGUAAGUCCGAACCAUCACUAAAUGAAUGGUUGUUAAGCGAGGACUACCUGUACAAGCUGCAGUGAAUGUGUGGACAGAUUCCAUGCUAAAUCAACUUCAUUUCUAGCGCUGUGUGUUCAGACAUGCAGGUCACCCUCCCCUGAUGCUUGGUCAUUGCUGGGCAAACAAGCCCGUGUGAACUGAGCCUCAAAUGCCCAAAGACCAAAAUGCAUGUUCUACAUUGUUUUCUUUUCCCUUAUUUCAUUUGUCUGUUCUGAUUCCACUCUCACUGUCUGUUUCAACAGGAGGUGCCAGAGAGUUAAAAAAAACAACAAUGAGCUACGAGAAGAAUGAAUGAAACACUAAAAAAAAAAUGUAUUCCUGUUUUAUUUUCCACAUUAGUAAGGCAGCAUUCCAGUCUGCCCUUAAUGCUCCAGAUUUUAAAAAACAGUUCACAUAAAUUACCUUUAUUUAUAUCCACGACAGCUCAAAACAUGCAGUGUCUUCUUGUAGCAUUUUCUCCAAAUGCAUGCAAUUCUCAACAGAAACCACCGCAAAAUCUUUCAUUUAAUAUGAGUCCAACUGCCCAGAAAGGAAAUCUGGGGCAAGUUUCUUUUCUAUCCCUGAUAGGAGUUUGAAGAAAAGAUGUUCUCUCCUCCAGAACUGCACCAUAACUCAGUACGUGGAUUUCUACCUCAUCCAAAAUUUGGAGGGUUUUUUUUCCCGUAAUGUAAAGACUCCAUGCUUCAAUUUUAACGCAACACAGAACCUCAGUUUUGAUUCAAUCUAUUGUAGCUUAUGGGGUGAUUUAUCCUGUGCUGAUAAAUCUUUUGAUAUUGAUCUUAGCUUAGAGGAAUAUAUUAUCAAAAAUUCAGAAUGUACUAACGAUAUAUUGGAAAACUCUAAUUUUCUUGACGUUUUAAGAGCCCUUGUUGACUCAUUUGUGCUUUCUUCUUUCAUUCAUCUAUCCCUUUUUUUCCUUCUGUAUUGAUUCAAUCAACAUUUUUUAGAAAAAGUUAGAUCAAAAAAAGAAGAAAAAAAGUCACUCCUUUCUCGUUCCAGGGGGCAGCACACAGAAUAAUGGCUUAUUGGUGCAGAAGGCCAAAUUCCAACCAAACAUUAGGAAAAUUCCAUUGCUUUGCAUUAGUCAAGCAGCUACAGGAAAAUAUGCUUUCUGGCCCAAGAACACAUUCCAAAUUGAAUUUCUUUCGGCACAGAGGUAGACGGAAAGGAACAACCGCACUUCCACUAGCAUUACUUAUUUAUUUAUUUUUAUUUAUUAAACUUACAUGCCACGCGAGUCCCAGCAGCUCUGGGCGGUUAGUGGGACUGAUCUUCUCAAGAAGGAUCGGCCCCAGGGACGUCCACGGGGUGCGGUCAAAGAGAUCAAGACGGCGGCUGUGACGGUGCAAUCAAAGAUCGGUCCCAAGGAAAAGGGCAAGGGUGGAGAAACCCUGACUGAUGACUGAGCUGCUUUGAGAAAUAACCCUCUUCCAUCUGUUUGCCUUUCCAGUUGCAGACUGCAAACCGCCCCCAGGACUGUCGCACGGCUUUGUCACCUUCUCCACCCCCCAAAACCUGACCACAUACCAGUCAGAGAUCCAGUAUUUCUGCCAACA